AUGCAUUUCAGAUCCGCCAUCUCCUCCCUCGGCCUCCUCGCCGCUGCCGCAUUUGUUAAUGCCGCACCCCUCAAGGUCGCCCGCCAGUCCGGCGUCCCUAAGGUCGUCGUGGCACACCACAUUGUCGGCCUCACUGCUGCGUUCACUGUCGACGACUGGACGUCCGACAUGACACUGGCCAAGGCCAACGGCAUUGAUGGUUUCGCACUUAACGUCGGCAAUGACCCCUUCACCACCACCCAGGCACAGAACGCCUACCAAGCUGCAGAGGCGCUGGACUUCAAGUUGUUCUUCUCGCUUGACAUGAGCUCCUUCCCUUGCACUACAGCGGAUGACGCGACGAAGCUUCGCGACCUCACCAUGCAGUUCGCCACCAGCCCGUCCCAGCUCCAGGUUGACGGCAAGGCGUUCGUCUCUACUUUCGCCGGCGAGGCUUGCACGUUCGGGCAAGCCGACCCCCCCAGCGGCUGGCGGACGCAGUUCACCCAGCACCCGGAGACGACUGGCAAGGUCCACUUCGUGCCGUCGUUCUUCAUCGACCCCGCCACAUUCAACACCUUCACCGGUGUCAUGGAUGGUGACUUCAACUUCAACUCAGGAUGGCCCCUGACCCUCUCCGCGGCCCAAGCCCCCCAGCUCCUCCCCGGGGUGAACCUGAACGCGGUCGACGCGUCCGGCGCAACGCAGCUGCAGAAGUUCAUCGGCUCGUUCGACACCGACGACCAGCACAUCACGCAGCUCGCAACCGUGCAGGGCAGCGCGCAGACGUACAUGGCGGCCGUCGCGCCCUGGUUCUUCACGCACUUUGGCGCGGACACGUUCAACAAGAACUUCGUCUUCGACGGCGACGAGCACCUCUGGGUCUCGCGCUGGGAGAACGUGAUCGCGAACCGCGACAAGGUGUCCCUCGUCGAGAUCGUCACCUGGAACGACUUCGGCGAGUCGCACUACAUCGGCCCGAACAACCACGGGCAGCUGCCGCCCGGGUCGGACGCGUGGGUGAACGGCUUCGACCACCAGGGCUUCCUCGACCUCACCAACUACUUCGCGACGCAGUUCAAGACGGGCCAGGCGCCGCCGAUCACCAAGGACCAGCUCGUCAUGUGGGCACGCCCGCACCCGAAGAACGCGACGCCCAACGACCCCGUCGGCGCGCCCAAGGACUUCCAGCUGUUCCAGGACAAGCUGUGGGCGGUCGUUCUCGCGACAGCAGACGGGGAGCUGACGCUCGCGACGUCGGACACGACGACGCAGACGUUCCCCGUCACCGCGGGCGUGAACAAGCUCUCGCUCGACCUCACCCCGGGCGGGUUCAUGCACGGCACGCUCGUGCGCAACGGCGCGACGGUCAUCGACCUCAAGCCCGCGGACUACACGUUCAACCCGAACCCGUCCGCGUUCAACUACAACGCGUUCACCGCGUCCGCGUCGUCCCAGUAA